AUGCAGGAAGUGCCAUCCGGCAAUCCGUAUUGGAGUGGUGAGGAAGAGGAAAUAGAAGCACAUGACAGUGGGUGUGACAGCUCUUCUGAUGAAUCCGAAUGGGGAACUGUAACGAGGGCCUUUUGUAUCAACGGCAUCCUGGAGGAGAGGGGGAAGAAGGAGGAGGGGAGUCUAGAGGAUGGAGAGGGGGAGAGGCAGCUCUACCUUCCAGAGCCUGUUAUCUCCUUCACGGCGACGCAGAGGCCGGAACUACCACGACUGCCGCCGGAGAGCCUUCCGCCUGGCUGUCAUGUGUGGGUAGUGGAUGAGGAUGACGUUCAUCUUUUGUUGCGGGAAAACUGGGAUGACUCAUACAGCGCGGUCUGUAAUGGCAGACUUUGUGGUACCGUAGUUAGACACUCUAAUAACGUGACACUUGUUUUAUUUUACGAUGAGCACCUUGAGAUGAGCUACAGCCUGAGUCUUCCGCGUGUUUGUCUGUCGAAGGUUCCAAUGAAGGUAUACCACCACUCACCAGGUGGGAGCAAUCGGCUUUUUGAAUCUUGCUUCGGUAUUGGAAAUCUUGACCCGCGGGCAGGGUGUUUCCGCGAGGAGGCUGCAACUUCGAAGAUUAAUAGGCAAUUUUAUGAGUCUCUAUCGGUGAUGGAAGUUCAGCCGCCGCAAGCUUUGCCCCAGUUGGCUGUGGUGCAGGAAAACCUUAACGAGGGGGCCUACGAAGCAGCAUUGACGCUGUUAGACAACUUGCCAUCAAAUGCAGUCAGUCGAGUAGAUGUUUUAGUUUUGCGUUCACGUACAAAUGUCUUUCUAGGACGCUAUCAAGAGGCGCUCAAGGACGCACUGGGGGCGAUUGAAGAAGAACCACGCUGGGUAAGAGGGAACCUCGCGGCUGCCCGGGCCUUUAGUGGACUUUGCAAAUUUGAGGAAGCUGCACGUCAAAUUAAGCGUGCCAGGUUGCUCCUGCCACACAGUCACGAGCUGCGAAGAAUUGAGGAACUUAAUGCCUUUAUGCUCAAUAUACAAGUGGAGUUACCAAGUAACGGUUUGAAUCUUUAUUUGGACGCUCAGUACGCCAAAAAACUUGUCUCAUUUCGUAUGUUUAACACGAAUGAAGUGGUGUUUAGAGGGGAUCAUGUAAUUUUGGCGAUGGAGUCAAUCUUUGCAACUUCAUCCGAUAGAUGUUGUGUAUGUUUGAAACCUGAAGGAAAAAUGAUGCGUGUUCCCGUUGAUUUGGAGGGGAAUUCCUCUGAGAAAAUGGCGUGUUACUGUAGUGUAGAAUGCCAGCAACGGUCAUCACUUUUUUUCGUUAUGGAACUCGGUCGCCACCGUGUGGCUGUGGAGCGUGCACGGGAUCUUAUAUCUUGUACCCUCGCACAAACAGCCAAUCAGGUGCCUUUAGACAUGACCUACAUGACAACCCGACUUUUCUUGAUGAUAUGUGUCACACAUGAAAGACUCGCGUCCAAACGGCGUCCGGCGCGACGUCUCAAUGACAUUAGUGCUGCUUCCAACUUUUCGUUUGAAGAGAGUUGUCACAGCAGUGGAUCGGAUAGGACUGGGUAUUUGCCGCUCAAAGCUGCGCUUCAGCAUUUAGGCGUGUACCCACUUCCAACAGACCAGCUUAGUUCCAGCGCCCGGGAGAAAAUGUAUGUACUGUAUAACACCCUCACCGCCUUCUUCUCGGAUAGUGAGAAGCAACUCUACCCACCUGCUCUAUUCUACGCAUUGUACGAGUACGUGUGCGCGUUUGCUGUUGCUAUGCACGUGCGUCAGCCGGACAGUAUAAUUUAUUACCUUCCAAAAAUUAUGGGGGCAGUCCGUCAUGUGGAGGCAUCAGAGGCGAACUGUCGUGUUCUCGCCAAUGAGACUGGAACCGGCAUAGCGCUCGUUGCAUCCAGGAAUAUUUUUCCCGAUGAGGCACUUUCAGUUCCUUAUUGGAAAAGGUUCAAUACGGAGUGA